CAUGCCUGCAGGCGAAGAAGAGGAGGACGGUUAGUGUCCCAGCUGCUCAUCACAGCCUGUGUUUAAACUUUCGGAUACUUUUCUUUUUAAUCAGUAGGUUAAUUGUUGUUUUUGUUAUUUUGUGGUGUGAGGAAUCCCUGCGCCAUCAUGAAUCCGCCCUGUGGAAGAUGCAAUAAACCAGUUUACCCCACAGAAAAAAUAAAUUGCCUUGAUAAGUAUUGGCACAAGGGUUGUUUCAGCUGCGAGGUGUGCAAGAUGGCCCUGAGCAUGACCACCUAUAAAGGCUUUGAGAAGAAACCUUACUGCAGUAUGCAUUACCCCAAAACCUCCUUCACCAUAGUGGCUGACACCCCCGAGAAUCUGCGUCUCAAACAACAGAGCAUGCUCAACAGCCAGGCGCUCUAUAAGGAGGAGUUUGAAAAGAGCAAGGGAAAAGGUUUCAGCGUGGUGGCCGACACUCCGGAGAUGCAGAGAGUGAAGAAGACACAAGACCAGAUCAGUCACGCUCUUUACAAGGAGGACUUUGAGAAGAGCAAGGGGAAAGGUUUCAGCGUGGUCGUCGACACUCCGGAGAUGCAGAGACUGAAGAAGACGCAGGAUCAGAUCAGUAAUAUAAAGUACCACGAAGAAUUUGAGAAGAGCAGGAUUCGAAGUGACGCGCCUCCUCCUGAGAACAGACAAAACUAUGAGGAACAACCAUCCAACCCUGAGAGACACAGUCAGCCGGUGGGACAAAUGAUGCGCCCUGCUGCUGUGGCACCACCUGGUGGAGUGAGACGUUACCAGGCCAUGUACAGCUACACAGCAGCAGAAGCAGAUGAAGUUUCCCUGCAAGAAGGCGACCUGCUCUUAGACGUGGAGCCCAUAGAUGAGGGAUGGAUGUUCGGGUGCAACCAGCGCACGGGGCAGCGGGGCAUGCUGCCUGCUAACUACGUCCGACCCGUGUGAACCAAACAGACAGGAAGGGAUCCACCUGCAGCACGAGCUGCUCUGUGAAUCUGCCCUCACCUCCAACAACCAGGCUUCUUUUUUAAAAUCAACUUCUGCAAAUGAAAAAAAAUCCCCAAGUAAUUCUGCUUUGCCUUUUUUGUUGACGUAUGAUUUUCAAAUACAAGAGAAGGUGUCAGUGAGAGUUCUUGAAAAAUGAGACUCAUCAGAGUGAAGUUUCACUUUAGGGAAGAACGAUGGUACUAAAAGUUUCGGUGUUUGUAACAGAAACUCAUAAGAGGAAGUAAGAGAGGAGAGGAGGAGGAAUUAAUUCACAAAACGGAAGAAAUAAUGUUAAAUAUACCCACAGUUUUUACUAAAAUACUUCACACAUGUAAACUAUUCUUAUCUGUCUCAGGUAACAUUUCCCUUUUUAUGUACGUCAGCAGUAAAGUGCAGCCCAGACAGAAACAGAUGCAUUCAAGUGUCAUAUGAUGAACCAAAGAAUUGAUGACUUCUUGUUCGAUAUUAUUAAAGACAAUCAUGAUUUAAGCUGAACUGAUUAAAAGUGGAAUAUUUGAA